AUGGAAAGCCAUCGUCUACAACAAGCGAUCAUCGAAGACUCACUGCCGAUACGAUAUCGUCUUACUGGGCCCUUCGACAUUAACGAUGAAGACAUCGAUACAGUCCCCUCAUCAAACGCUCAACCGAGGAGGCGGUCGACGAAACGCGUUGAGAUUGCAGAUUUCAUGGCUCUCCCCUGGUUUGGAUGGUUGUUCGUAUCCACUUUUCAGCUUACCUGCUUUUCGGUCAGUCGAUGCGUCGCUUUGAAGGCACUUGCCGCCAUGUACGACAGUCCUCAAUCUUACACGAUAAGUUUCAAAUUUGCCGCUUUGAGUCUUGGGUUCAUGGAGGACUUCAUCUGCACGAUCUAUUUGGUGUGCGCCUUGUGGCUGUUUGAUACGUGCAAGCUUGCAAUCAUUGAACGGUGGAAUUUUCCAAACCACGAGUCUCUCGCCCGGUUUGUUAAAAACGUAGCAACGUUUACAGUUUCGUGGGUUUUGUUUUUCAUUGCGACAGCGCCGUUUGCCUUGGACAUGCUUCUUGCCAUCAAUUGGAAUUUGCGGUUCUCUAUGGAGCUUGUGGCCACUUUAAUCAGGGAGAAAGAAAAUAUCAAACGUGCCCCCAUAACAACUGAGGCAUACCUACGAGCCUACACGGCGUUAGCUCUUUUAUUAAGUGCUGCUAUAAUUUUUGCGCUCAUCAGGACAUUUGCUAGCUGGGCAGAUCUCGCUUGUUGGAACCCAUCGCACGUGAUAACGACCCGAUCCAAGACUCAAGAAAGACAUGCGCCUGGGAAGGUUUUCAAGCGCGCAAAAUACAACAAGCUACCGCUUGAAGAAGGACAGGACGUGGCCGAGCACGGAUCAAUCCCCAAGCUGUCUUCAGUGAACGCAAGACGACCAUACCGAUAUUUUAUUUUGAAUCAUGCUAUCCAAGUCACCGUUGUUUUGGUCGGUCUUGUGGUAAUCCCCGCGGCUAUUGUGGCAGUACGUUAUGCAUUCUCACCAGUGGUGGCAUUCGUGGCGCUCAACGCGACAGUGAAUGAGCUAUUGGAUCACGCACUACAGCCUUCUGCCGCAGGUGCUAUGUUUACGAAUGUGGAUGGCAAACAACCAUGGAUGUCAAAGUUUAUUCAUCCAACUGAGACAUACGAGCUUUUUGGAAAUGAUUCACUUUACCGUCGUACAACAGGGUUCCGUGGAGAUCUCGCUUUUGACGUUAAUGUCUCGAACGACAAUCCGCCAAACGUUAUUCUUGUUGGAAUUGAGUCUUUCCGUUUCCAGGAUUCGCGCUACAUGGUGGGAAAGGACGACCCGUCCUACCUGUUUAAGGGCACAAAUCUAACAAUUACACCAAACUUUGACAGAUGGGCGAAGCGCGGAGUUGCUCUUCGCAAUUUCUGGUCAAGCUAUCCUACAAGUCGUUCAGUGGAAAGCAUUCAGUUUGGUCAGGUUCCGUAUGACAGCAUGUCGACAACGGGCCUUACGGGAGGUAGAAACGAAACAAAACUAGCUGGUCUGCCUCAGCUCUUUUCGGCUAAGGGGUAUGAGACUUUUUUCAGUACUGGGAGUUCAAUUACUUACGACAAUUGGGAUAAGUUUCUUCCGACGCAUGGCUUUGAUACUGUAUGGGAACGGAAGACAAUGGUAAGACUUGCCGAAAUGCACCAUAACAUUUCCCGUGAGGAUUGGAAAGGCUUGGCAAAGCGAGGCUUCCGAUGGGGUGUUCAUGAUGACUUGAGUUUUGAUAUUCUUGGUGAUUUGCUCGUGAACAAGACAAACAGACAGAAAGAGCGAGUGGCCAGAGGUGAGCCUAAGAAGCCAUUGUUCAUCACGCAUUAUACCAUCACUUCUCACGGGCCGUUUGCUGAGCUGCCUACAUGGUACGUGAAGUCUGAGAAACCCGAUUUUUCCGACCUUUACAUCGGAGAGAACCGCGCAAAAAAGAUUCAGAGCUAUUAUGAAACGCGCUACUUCACUGAUGUACAGCUUGGCAAGUUCUUAGACCGCAUGGAGGCCCAGGGUAUUCUUAACGACAGUAUUGUUGUCCUUAUUGGUGACCAUGGCACUGCACCUGAGGUUGAGUCUGUACGCAGUAGAGAGGAAGCCGUGACGCGAGUACCAGGCGUGAUCAUUGCAGAAGGGCGAUUAGGAAAGGCUGCAGGAACGAUGAUCGAAGACGCGGCAGAACAGUACGAUAUUCUCAAUACGCUGGCGGAUAUUACGGGUGUUCCAAAAGAAGGAUUCAUCCAAGAUGGUGUUGGACGUUCCCUUAAGCGCAAGGUUGCGUUUGGCGAGCGUGUGGUCUAUAGCAACUUGCCAGGUUACAGGAUGUCUAUUGUACGUGGCCAUCUACGUCUGCGCUACGACAAUAUAAUUGACACGAUGUGGAUGCACAAUACUGAGAACGACCAUGAGAUGGCUGAAGAUCUUUUUCCAACGCUUUCUUAUAAACAACAAGCAGAAUGGAAUGUUAUGCGUGAAAAUGGUCGUCAUAUUGCUGCAUACUACAAAAAGAGGUGGGACGACAAUUGUUUGCUAGCUACUAGUUGCAACUAA